GCCCUGCCCAGCAAGAUGGCGCUGUCCGCGUUGUUGCUCCUUCCGAAGCUGCUGGCCCCGGUCAGGCUCCAGAACGGCUCUCCAUCGAGGUCAAAGUUCUACAUUCGGGAACCGCCACAUGGCAAACCUGACUGGCUGAAAGUUGGACUGACCUUGGGCACCUCGGGUUUCUUGUGGAUCUAUCUCAUCAAACAACAUAAUGAAGAUGUUUUAGAGUAUAAAAGAAGAAAUGGGUUGGAAUAAACUUUUGAAAUAUUGAUACAGUAUGUUCCAUAUAGGGAUUAUAGCAGUUCCUCUGGAUUCACCAAUCUGUUGAGUUGUAAACACGAGAGAAAGAGUUAUAUGUGGAUAUAUGUUGUCAGCAUUUGUGUUUUAAAUAAUUAAAUUUUUGAAAACUUUCUGUAUUCUUCAGAUUAUAUAUAUGGUGACAAUGCAUAGAGUAUUAAUUCUAAGGUACAUUAUUAGAAGUAUUUUAAUGUGGAAGGAACCGUCUGAUGAUAGGGUCAGUGGUAAUUAAGGAUACAUUGGUAAGAAAACUUACUAAGAAGAUAGAUUUAAAAAUCACUGCUGAAGGAUUUACUCUUUAUAUCAACUUUUAAUUUCUAAUUGGAACACUUAUUCUGUAGCGUGCAGGGUGAUAGAACUACUCCUAUUCUAUUAUUCAAAAUACAAAAAAGCUCAAAUACUGUUUUCUUCUAGAGGACAAAGUAAAGAUGAAUCUUACUACCAGA